AUGAUACUGUUGAAUUUAUUCUUGUUGUACUCGCCCAUCAAGUCGGAGACGAACGGCAAGUGGUACGAUACGUGCAAGAAGUGUCAGGCUGACCCUUGCUACAAACAAUUUUAUAGGCCGUGCCUUUUCAGAAACAACAAGUUCUACUGUUUUACGUGUCAUUCCAAAAAUGGCCACAGAAAGUUCUACACCGAAAACGGAUGCCAGAAGCAAUGCACGCAAAUGGGGAUGAUGUGCGUUUGUUUAGACUCGUGUUACGAGUGCGUUGCAAAAGGGGUCAGGUCUAAUCCAGCGAGUUGCAGGGAGGCCACCGAUGAUGAAAUGAAUAAGUGCAUUUAUUAA